UAUUAAUGGAAUCUAGUACGAAUCAAGCAAAAAAAUACUCUUACAACCACCUCCUAGUUGGUUUAGUUGCUCUGUUUUUCUCACCACUCCUAACCUUUUUGUAUUUGCUAUUCUUCCCAAUCACCAUACCUACGACAUUUAUCCUCUAUCACUUUUAUAAAGUUCAAGUAAUUAGCCUAUUUAUUCUUAGAUUAAGCAACAUAUAAGUGAACUUUAUUAAAAUGCAAAUACCAUUGUCCAAAACGGCUUGAAGGAGUAUGUUGUUCCAGCUUACAAUGCUGCCAAAACAAAAGUAACCUUAAUUUUCAUAUAAAAAAAGAUUUAUGAAAUUGUGGAUCUUUUGCUCUCACAGAUCAAAAAUAUAAAGGAAUCAAUACUCAAAGGCUACAAUGCUGCCAAAACAAAAGUAACCUUGAUUUUCAUAUCAAAAAAGAUUUAUGAAAUUGCGGAUUUUUUGUUCUCACAGAUCAAAAAUAGAAAGGAAUCAAUACUCAAAGGCUACAAUGCUGCCAAAACAAAAGUAACCUUGAUUUUCAUAUAAAAAAAGAUUUAUGAAAUUGUGGAUUUUUUGUUCUCACCAAUCAAAAAUAGAAAGGAAUCAAUACUCAAAUUCUUCGAAGAUGUCCAAACCUAUUUGUUGGAUUACCAAUGUAUCAAAAAACUAGUUGAGUAUCUCUAGGCAGGAACAGCAAUUGUAUAAACAAUUAAUUAAUAUUAGAUAUGCGAUUCCAAGAACAUCCUUUUGCUUAUUUUGAACGAAGCCCAAGUGAAAGUGUUAAAUAACAAAUAUGUGGUAAUUCAAUUAUAACAUAUUUUAAUAGAAAAUUGGUACUUCAACUUUCACUACUUAUAUAUUACCUCAAUUAUAAUACCUAUAUCCAAUCUUUAGGUACAUCAUAUCCAAAACUGGUACUGUUAUAUCCUAAGUUCGUGAAAAUAUCAACAAAUAAUACUUAUAAAUUCCUAAGUAAUUUAAAUCUUUUAUAUUUUCUAGAAAAAAAAUUGAAAUCAUUGGAUAUGCCAUUUUGAAUGAAUCAGGAAAAACAAUUUAGAAUUUAAACCCAGAGCAAGAAAUUGACAGAUACAGGAUCCAAUUGCAUCAAUAUGCUAUUACUCAAUUCUGGAAGAUCAAAAACUUCAAGGACACAUAGAUUUUAGAACUUGAAUGUGGAGAUGCAGUAGGUCUAUCAUAUUUCUCUUCUGCAUACGAACCUCAAAGAUGUUUGGGAGUUGAUUCCUCAGAAUCACAAAUUUAAGAGAAUCUCAAAUUGUACAGCGAAUUAGAGAGGUUGAAAUUCGAAACUAGAAGUCCCCUUGAAAUAGGAGCUCUGUGUGCUCCAAAUACAUUCGAUGUGAUUUUGGGUUUGGAAUUAAAGAAAAAGGAAGCAUUCAGAAAUAUCGAUUUCAAGAGGUAGUCUAAUUAUCAUAAAUUGUUAGUUAUAUUAAAAUAGUGAGUACAUUGCUUAAGGAUGAUGGAUACUUGAUCAUUGGAGAUUACGACACACAAGAGGAGAUUUAGAAGUUUCAAGAGGAGAUCUAAGUGAAUGGAUUGGUAAUUACUGAGAAGAAUGACUUUACUGUAGGAAUUACUUAGGCUAUGAAAUUACAAAUUAGGAACAUUAAAUAAACAUUUAGACAAAAUGGAGGAUAUAGUAUAAUUAUCAAAUUAUAAAAUAGUUGCAAAAUUCUUGAGUGAAGGAUUGAAGCCAGAUCAAAAUUUAUUGUAACAAUUUAAGGAUAGAUAGUAAAUCUAUAUGGUGUAUAUUCUUAAAAAGGCAACACUUUGAAUUAUAAAUUAAAUUCAUAUACAAGCAUAAAUUUAAAUUACCA